GAAUCUGUGCAAAUAGGAACUUCCAGCAGCUGCUAUCAUCUGACUGGACUGGAAAGCCGAAAUUAUUUAUAUUUAUUAUUUAUUUUGAGUCAUGUCAUCCGCGCCACCUCAUCAUUGCUAGCGCAAAUUUAUCUUGAAUUUAUUGUGAAAUUGAUUUAAAAAUUUAACUUCCAGCAGCUUAUGGCCUCCCAACAUUGUACAUUCUCGGCCAGCGUCAGCAAUGGAAACAUCCCCGAGCUACUCCGGUUCCAAAGCAAACCAUGCCCAAACAGUAAAACAUGCCAAGAACGCAGCAGCAUCUACAAGUGGUGCGGAACCAAGAUCAAAAAGCAGCAACUCGUUGGUAAAGAAGCCUUCUCAACGUGACAUGGUGUUGUGGAAGGCUUUGUCGUCUCAAAACUUGCCAGCGGUUCUCAAUGACCCUAAUCGAGGGAAACAAAGAGACUUUUUCACCAAACUUUGGGGAGAUGAUUUUGUCGAGUCGGCAUUCAUUGGAAAUUUAGAGCAUUUACCGGAAGUGUCCUCUGCCAACUUUGAACACUAUCUCAGGAAAAUUCGCAAACGCUUAAGACUACACGAGAGAUUAAAUCAUUCCAUAAAUGGAGGACCCCUCAGCCCAAAGUGGCCUGUUUCAGUACCAGAUCGAGCUCAGAGUGAUAUGAGUGUUGUUCCAAAAAUUUUUAUUCAGCCUCAAUUUGAUCUUCGGGUUCCAGAAACUUUCAACACUAUCCAUUCACUAAAAGGAGACACUCACAAGUCUAAGCCUAUCAGUAGUGCUAAUCAGUUGCAAGAGAAGCUGGCUCAUUAUUUAGACAUCGUCGAAGUUCAAAUUGCCUUCCAAGUCACUCAAAAGUCGGAUACUUUUUUUCAAGCCAUGUCGUCCCACGACACUUUGAUGGAAAAACUUUCUAAAACGUGCCUCACUGUCUCGCUAUUGCGGAGUAAACUUCAAAAUAUUGAUCAACACCUUGUGAAAGAUUCCUUAAAAAUACUUCGCUAUGCGCAGACAAAGCAAAAUUACUUAGCCGUGGUAGAAAAGUUAAAAUUGAUGGUGACGGUUCACCAAACUCAGUCGAUGCUGCAACUUCUCCUCUCUAUUCCCGACUACGUGGCUGCCAUAGAUCUUAUAUUGACGACGCAAGAAAUUCUUGUUCAGGAGCUAGCAGGGGUGCAUGGCUUCCGACACCUCAGCUCGCAACUUUCCGAAAUGCAACGCUUAAUAGAUAAAAUUCUCAGCGCCGAGUUCGAGCGCUACGUAACCGCAGACUUGAACAGACCUUUAGAUCUUUAUACAGAAGUUUUAGAAGAGGACAAACUAGCAUCCAUUGUUUACGGGAUGCUGAGGCAGAAGUAUUUCAACUUUGCCAACAAAUACAAAGAGGAGGCAUUUACCUCAAUCAAGGCAAAAGUGAAACAGUUGGUCAUCGAGGAGAUUGCAGCAAGUGAUAGUGGAGAAGGAGACGUUCGACUUACAGGAAGUGGAGAACAGCUUCAAGGGUUGCCUUUGACUCGAUGGCAGCAUUUAUUACAAAGGACUGCAGAAACACUACUAAAAAUUGUUCAUCAUGUCAAGGUUGUGCACGAUGUCAUGCGAGAGGCAGUCGAAAAAAGUUCAGGCAAAGACAAACUGAAGGAAGAUGAAAACAACACCUCCUCAAACUAUCUCAACAUAUCCGACCCAUCCGAAACGUUACUUAGUCCGGACGAGCGAGUGGUUGUCGAGUUUUGUCUGAGCGAACUUCUGUGUUCAGUGUGUGAUUAUGCCAACGACCAAUUUGCUCAGCUUCUGACGUCCCAGUCAAAAGAAACCUGGAUCGAGAGAGCCACAGCCACUCAAGUUUGUGAUGUUGCAAAGGUGGUGGACAACUUUGUGGUGAGCUGCGAACAAGUGUGUGGCAAAUGUAGCACGGCUCUGAAAUCUGCAUUUAAAGUCCAAGCGAGCAAGUUUGUCAGUAAAUUUCAUCAAGACCAGAAGGACAAGUUGACGCUGAUACUUGCUAGUGAAACUUGGAAACAAGCAAUGGUACCGCAAGAGUUUCAGAAUCUUGCAAACAAGUUGCACGAAACAGGGAAAUUGAGUUUGCCAAAGCGGGAAUUGGGAAGUACCAUCCCAAAUGGGGGCCUUAGCUUGACAGGAGCACCUUCCUUGGUCAUAGGGGGAGAAAAUUACGUUGUAGUUGGGUCUAUUUUAUUAUUGCUGAAGAUGAUGGCCGAGUACUGUCUGUGCGCUGAAGAACUGACUGUCAUGGCACCGAACUUGCUGCGAUGCCUCAUCGAGCUGCUGCAGCUCUUUAAUUCUCGCAGCUGUCAACUGGUGCUGGGAGCCGGCGCGCUUCACUCGGUCGGCCUCAACACAAUCACCAGCACCAACCUCGCACUCAUGUCGAGAUCGCUGCAACUGGUGCUGGUUGCUGCUGAAGCUGCCAAACAGCAAUUACUGCCGUCGGUAGUGGAGCCGCAAAGGAUUGAGAUGCACAUUGAAAAUCUCGAGCGGGACAUCAUGUCGCACUGCCGGGAGAUUGAAAACAAACUGCUCGCGCUUAUCGGAGGCUUGCUUUCGAGAGAAAUUUGCCAAUGGGACGCAAAACCACCGGUUCCUUCAAACUCGUUUCGCAACGUCUCGAAGCACAUGAAGAAAUUGUACGAGGCCAUUUCGGAAGUUUUACCGGAGAAACAAGUGCAGAACCUGUACAGAAGUGCCCACAAGAUGUUCAAAAUUGUGUUGAAGGAGCAGCUAGUCAAAAUGAACAUUCUAAACAAUGGCGGACCUCAGCACGGGGUCGUCAUUUCAGAACUGACUUUUUAUCUCGAUGCGUUGAGAAGACUUAAAGUGAUGCCCAUUGAUGAACUCAUGAUGGACUCAAUGGAAGACAUCUGGGACAGAUAGCAUUGCAAGAAGAUUAUGUGCCGAUAGUGAUUUUGUUACACCGUGUUUCUUAAUUUUCUUUUAUAAUUUAUAUGCUUGCCGUUUUUUUGUUGAAAAUUCAAAGAUUAUAUAAAGAGAAUUUAAGAUUAAAGGUAUUAAAUUAUGUA